ACUGAGUGGUCAUGCUCACGCGCUAAGUCUCAUAAAAGCAAUUCUGGGUCUGUGAUCCACUCCUUGAAGCAGCUUAGACUGUCAAAAGCUGUACAGCUGAGUAGUGAAGGAACACUUUGCCUUGCGCCGCGGUGAAGAUUCUGUUGUCUGUCUUGUAUGAAUGUGCGCAUAGUGACGGUGAACGCGCUGAGACCCACUCCGUUAGCUGGGAUCUAAACCACGGGCGAUCGCCACGGAAAGCUGCAGGAUCUUGUGCGGGACGUUGGUUCAGAAGUGACCGGUUUUGGGGAAAGAGCAAGUUCCAUCUGCCCUGUGGUAAUAUGGCUGCAACUGUCAGGGGGAAUGAGGGUCGUUAAUGAGGCCGCCGCUCAGCACCACGUUACUCAGCAACCUAGAUAUUCCCACUGCAAUGCUAUGAAUAUGAUUAAUAGAACAAAAUUGAUCACAGAUGCUUUCAGUGAACAGUUUUGUUGUUGGGUCAAGCAGAGAGCAAGAACAUUUAUGUUCCAAAAAGAGUUCGGUCAAUCAGAACGAGCUUCUUCCAGAGGUCGCAACUUCGGACCUCACCUUUCCACGCAAAAGUUGUCAAUUUCCUCGUCAACUCACGCACAUUUUUCGUACACGAGUGCUUUGUCUCGCCUGUUCGUACAAAUCGAGAUUUCUGCCUCUCAGGACUCCAGAUCAAGCGACCUCAAGCUCCAUCUACGACCAAGCUCCCCGCCCACGUGGCGUUUCGACACCUGCAACCCAGGGCGGGCUGUCACAACGUAUACGGGAAUGUCUCCUGAUCCCAUCGAGAUCGACAGCUUUCCAAACUACCAGAAAGAGAAGGAAAGGCAAAGUGUUGAUGGCUGGGGGAAGGCUUUCCGCGGUUUACAGCCAAUGAGACGAGAGCUUUACCGACUAGCGCCGUAUGCGGUAAGCUUGCUACAUAUUGCUAUCCACCUAUACUCCUGGCUCGCAUGCAUCACGAUCUCGACUGGUAGUAGACGGUGGUAUUGCGGUGUUUCUAGACAUUUAUUACGGCUGGAAACCUGAGUUGUAAGCCUCUGUCACAUGGAAAGACGGUGUCUACCUGAGCAGCAACGCAUCAGGUUGAUCUCAAUUUUCACCCACUGGUGUACCCCAUGCUUUCUUGAAUAUCGUGUC